AGCGCCAAUGUAGAAAAGACAUUUCUGGAUCACAACAGAAAAAAAAAAUAGAAUGUGUGCCAAAAUAAAAUACAAGAACAGGGGAUUCUAGUGACGUAAAACCAAGAAUUAUUCGCCAAGCGAUAGGUCUAAUGGUAGAGAGGCCUUCCCAAGGAUUCUUAUCAUUUAAUGAUGACCACAAGAACUUGAAUCGCUAAACCUCCCCAGGAACAGCUCAGCCGACCUAUUUCUCCUUUUUCUUGGCGAAAGAAGUUGAACUAUUUAUAAUAUUUUUUGAUUUAAACGUAGCGAUGAUAGUCUUCUGUUUGUAAACCAGUAGGCCAGAGACAUCAAUGAAGAUAUAUAGCCUUGUAACUUUGGGCCUCACUGUGUGUGUCCAGGCGUUAUCGUUGGAUAUCAACGACAAGGACUCGAUUUGUGAAGCAGCAGCAGCUGUUGCCAAUGGUCAAUGGAAUUACUACGAGGGACUCAAAUAUGGAGGAACAGUUGGUAUGUUCACCUACCCAUACUAUUGGUGGCAUGCUGGAGAGGCUUUCGGUGGUCUACUUGACUUCUAUACAUUCUGCCAGCCGGACAAUAAGACUCUCUUUGACCUUCUCUUCCAAGGAAUGUACUACCAAAGAGGUGAAGGUAACAACUAUAUACCCGCCAACCAGUCUAUGACGGAGGGUAAUGACGAUCAAGGUGUUUGGGGGUUGGCCAUCAUGGGGGCGGUAGAACGUAAUUUCACAGACCCAGAAGAUGUGAGUUGGUUGGAACUCACUCAGGCUAUAUAUAAUACAAUGAACUCCCGUUGGGACCCGUCCACCUGUGGAGGUGGACUCAGAUGGCAGAUCUUUACCUGGAACUCUGGAUACGACUACAAGAAUGCCAUUUCCAAUGGAUGUCUAUUCCACAUUGCUGCAAGACUUGCUCGGUACACAGGAAAUAUAACAUACGCAGAAACUGCAAAUAAAGUUUGGGAUUGGAUGGAAAAUGAUGUUAAACUUAUUUUUGAAGAUACAACCCCUACUGGGAAGAAGGAAAUGAGAAUCUAUGACGGAACUAAGAUUGCAAACAAUUGUGGAAUCAUCACUAGAACAAAGUGGUCCUAUACAUACGGUGUUUUCAUGUCUGGCUGUGCAUAUAUGUACAACUUUACGUCCAAGAACGGAUCAAGUGAAGAGCUGGAAAAAUGGUUAGUACGUACAAAUGAAAUUCUUGAAGCGUCUGCAUUCUUUUUCAAUAAUACUAUCAUGACAGAGAUGUCAUGUGCGCCAGGGAAUCAUUGUAAUAACGAUCAAAGGUCGUUCAGAUCACUUUUCUCACGUGGGUUAGCCUUGACUGCAGUCAUGGCACCUAGCACGUAUGAUACCAUUAGACCGUUGAUCGAAUCUAGUGCACAGGCAGCAGCACAAUCAUGUUCUGGAGGUACCGAUGGGGUUACAUGUGGAGAGAAUUGGUCUGCCGAUGGUUGGGACACAAAAUUCGGAUUGGGGGAACAAAUGUCCGCUUUGGAAGUGAUUAAUGGUCUAUUGGGACUGACAUAUGAUGUGGCACCACCAUAUACAUCAACGAAUGGUGGAUCUUCAAGAUCAAAUCCUAAUGCUGGCUUAGAUACAAAGAUUGUAACGAAUAGGAAUAUUUUGACAAUUGCACAAAAGGACAAAGCUGGAGCAGGAGUGUUGACCGCUCUAUUAUUACUAGCCAUUAUUGGUGGGUCUAUCUGGAUGGUUAUUUAAGUAGUUGAAGUAGGUAUUUACAACUAAAAGAGCCCUCAUUACAAAGAACACGCAUAUUGAAUGAGACAAUUGAAAGUAACUGUAUACCACC